AUGGGCCUCGGGGUCCUCGAGGAUACAAAGCUCGAUCAUGUUCCUGGGACGGCGCAUGUGUUGCAGGGCGAUGAGAGGAGGGCGAUUGAACAGACGGCUGCGCGACACAUGGGCUUGAAGUACGACAAGACGGGCACCAUACUUUUGGUGCCUCAGCCAAGUGAUGACCCAAAUGACCCUUUGAACUGGCCACUGUGGAAACGAGACGUCAUCAUCUUCCUCCUCUCCCUCCUCUCCGUGAUCGCUGCAACGCUCUCCCCUAUCCUCGCUGCAAACACCGUUUCCCUCGCCCUCUACUUUCGCCGUAACCUCACGGACAUGGCCUUGCUGACAGGCUACCAUCUCCUCGGCGUCGGAGUCGCAGGCUUCCUCUUUGUGCCCAGCGCCAGGAUCUGGGGGAAACGCCAUGUCUAUCUCCUGGGCACCGUCAUCAUCAUCGUCAGCUGUGUCUGGGGCGGCGCAACGGGAAACAACUACGCGAGUUUUCUAUGGGCGCGCAUCUUCCAGGGCGUAGGCCUCGCGCCCUUUGAAGCCCUCGUCAAUGCGUCCGUCGGCGAUCUCUACCACGUUCACGAGCGCGGUGUGCGCAUGGCCUUGUCCAAUUUUUGCGUCUUUGGCGGUGCAUUCUUCACCCCGGUCUUGGUGGGCGUCAUUGCCGACCGCAUAGGCUACAUUUGGACGUUCUACUUUGUCGCCAUCUUCACGGGCGUCAUGCUCCCGCUCGUCGUCUUCUUCGUGCCCGAGACGGCGUACCGGCGAGAAAACCGGUUCGACAUUGACACAAUGGGCAACCUCGUUGCACCCGACGGCCGCGAACUCAAGGAUCUUGAAACUUUCAUCGGCAACAUGUCGAAUAAUAAUACGGCGUCUACCAUUAGCCCGGGCCACUCCCCUUCCACCUCGCUCAUCACCACACCCAUGGACAAACCAGUCCUCGAACCCCCCUCCUCCAACAACAACAAUAACAACCACCCACACGACUCCCCCAACCCCACCCCCCAAAAACACACCUACCUCCAAACCCUCCGCCUAACCAACGGCCGCCAAACCAACGAACCCUACCUCCACCUCCUCCUCCGCCCCUUCUCCCUCUUCCUCCACCCCGGCAUCCUCUGGUCCUGCCUCAUCCAAGGCACCCUCAUCGGCUUCACCGUCCUCAUCGGCAUCGUCCUCGCAGGCAUCAUGCUCGGACCCCCCCUCUGGUUCGGCGAAGUAGAAACCGGCUACAUGUACACGGGCGCCUUCAUCGGCGCCCUCCUCGGUUUCGCCCUCACGGGCCUCAUUAGCGAUUGGAGUGCCAAUCUGCUCACCCGGCUGAACAACGGGGUGUAUGAGCCCGAGUUUCGAAUGGUGCUUGUGGUGCCGCAGAUGGUGUUUGGAGGGGCAGGGAUCGUGGGGUUUGGAUGGACGAGUGAUGAUGCGGAGAGGUAUGGCUGGUUUUGGCCGGAUUUCUUUUUUGCGUUGGUGGUCAUGGGGAUGGUGUGUGGGGCGGUGGGGAGUGCGUUGUAUAUUGUUGAUGCGCAUCGCGACAUGUCCGUCGAAGGCUUCACCUGCAACCUCGUCUUCAAAAACAUCUUCUCCUUUGCCCUGACCUUCAAAGGCUUCGACUGGAUCGUCGAAUCCGGCAGCAUCAAGGACGUCUUUGUUGCCGUUGGCUGUGUCCAGAUUGCCGUCUGUGCGCUUACAAUUCCCAUGUACAUCUUCGGCAAAAAGAGCAGGAGUUUCUUCUACAGACAUAAUGUGUUUUUUAAAGCUACGGAUUGGGUGGCUGCUAAGAUGACGUUUUGGUGA